UCAACCCUCUUUUGGCGUCUCCACCGAGAAAGGCGAAACUCUAGAGAUAGAAUCUAGAGAGAGAGAGAGAGAGAGCCAGCCAUCGUCAUCGGAGGGUUGGCUUGAUUGUUCUUCGAUCUUACUUCCAUUUUCUCUCUGUCUUUUUAUCUGCAAUCAAUACUUCUGUAAAAGAUGGCUGAUGCUGAGGAUAUUCAGCCCCUAGUUUGUGACAAUGGAACCGGAAUGGUCAAGGCUGGGUUUGCCGGUGAUGAUGCUCCCCGGGCAGUUUUCCCCAGCAUUGUUGGUCGGCCUAGACAUACUGGUGUCAUGGUUGGCAUGGGUCAAAAGGAUGCCUACGUAGGUGAUGAAGCUCAGUCUAAAAGAGGUAUCCUCACAUUGAAGUAUCCCAUUGAACAUGGCAUAGUAAGCAAUUGGGAUGACAUGGAAAAGAUCUGGCAUCACACUUUCUAUAACGAGCUUCGUGUUGCUCCUGAAGAGCACCCUGUGCUUCUCACUGAGGCACCUCUCAACCCCAAGGCCAACAGAGAGAAGAUGACCCAAAUAAUGUUCGAGACUUUCAAUGUGCCUGCCAUGUAUGUUGCCAUCCAGGCAGUUCUCUCUCUAUAUGCCAGUGGUCGAACAACUGGUAUUGUGCUGGAUUCUGGUGACGGUGUGAGUCACACUGUGCCAAUCUAUGAAGGUUAUGCUCUCCCCCAUGCCAUCCUCCGUCUGGACCUUGCUGGCCGAGACCUCACAGACGCCCUCAUGAAGAUACUCACUGAAAGAGGUUACAUGUUCACCACCACAGCAGAACGGGAAAUUGUCCGUGACAUGAAAGAGAAGCUUGCAUAUGUUGCCCUUGAUUACGAGCAGGAACUAGAGACUGCCAAGAGUAGCUCUUCUGUUGAAAAGAACUACGAACUGCCUGAUGGGCAAGUCAUUACAAUUGGAGCUGAGAGAUUCCGCUGCCCAGAAGUCCUCUUCCAGCCAUCUCUCAUUGGAAUGGAAGCUGCAGGCAUCCACGAGACUACUUACAACUCCAUCAUGAAGUGUGAUGUUGAUAUCAGGAAAGAUCUCUAUGGCAACAUUGUGCUCAGUGGUGGUUCAACUAUGUUCCCGGGUAUUGCAGACCGUAUGAGCAAGGAGAUUACUGCUCUCGCUCCCAGCAGCAUGAAGAUCAAGGUUGUGGCACCACCUGAGAGAAAGUACAGUGUCUGGAUUGGUGGUUCAAUCCUUGCAUCUCUCAGCACCUUUCAGCAGAUGUGGAUUUCGAAGGGUGAAUAUGAUGAGUCUGGUCCAUCGAUUGUCCACAGGAAGUGCUUCUAAAUUCUACCAUUUGCUUGCUGGUGAGUUCUUGUUUUAAUGUUUUUUCUUCCUCCUGCUUUCGGUGGCUUUUUUUGUGUCGUGUCACGUGGAGUCAGUCUGGAUUAUGAACGGAGCGCAUAAUAUGAUCAUUAUGUAUCAUAUGUCUUCAUUCAAUGUGGUUUACAUUCCAAGUGUUAAUGCCUUGGAUGCUGACAUGCGUUACCUCGCCUUGCCCUUGCAUCAGUUGUGGUGCAUCCAGUCUUUUUAGUAGGAUGUUUCUAGUUGGGGAGUGAUUGUGAUGGUUUCUUUUUUUAUUUCUUUUUUCUUGGAACAGUUAUGUCAAUAUUUAUUGUAUGAGAAAUUUUAUAUUAGUGUCAUUUUGCAGUCAA